AUGGAGGAUUUCAAUCCCAUCUCGUUUGAGGAUCUUCGCCGAGUCAUUGUUACCCCACCACCAUCGGAAUCGGACUCCGGUAGAAGCUCGGCCCGCUCUAGCUACCAGAGUAGCAUAACCGUCGUCUCUAGCAACGGCGAAGUAAAUAACGACGACACGAUUUAUGUGCCAAACGCAACUGCAUCAAUAUCACCUCCAUUCCUUUCAUCGCCCCCUAGGAGUGUUGCCAAAUCCCGUCGAGAUCGUGCAUCAUUACAAAAAGAAGCCAACCGCUCAAAGAAGUUCACAACUCGUCUCCAGCGAAGUGCCAGCGAAAGUGCCGCUGCCGCUGCAUGUGCCCCUGCAGCUUCUACCGAUUCCAGCGGUGAACUCCUCACAGGGAGAAGGAGAAAUCGCUUCCACAAUCGUAGCUCUGCAAGCCUUCCCGCAGACCACGGGUUAAAGGCGAUUGAACCAUUGCAUGAGCAUGUUAUGACCAAGAUGGCAUUUGCGGAGCAACAGAAAUGGAUCACAGUCCAGCAGAAGACAUUUACAAAAUGGUUAAAUACUAAGAUAGAGCCACGAGAUCUGGCGGUGGUAGAUCUCGUGAAGGACCUCAGCGACGGCGUCAUAUUAAUACAUCUUCUCGAAUGCCUCUCCAACGAAUCCCUGGGUCGAUACGCAGCAAAGCCUAAACUCCGAGUUCAGCGAUUUGAGAAUGCCAAUCUUUCAUUAGACUUCAUCAAGUCUCGCGGGAUCCAGAUGACGAAUAUAGGCGCGGAGGACGUGGUGGAUGGAAAUCGAAAGAUUAUUCUUGGACUUAUCUGGACUCUCAUCUUAAGGUUCACAAUAUCUGAUAUCAAUGAGGAGGGUAUGACGGCGAAGGAGGGCCUGCUUCUUUGGUGUCAGCGGAAAACCGCUUGCUACGAUGAGGUAGAAGUACGAAACUUCACAGAUAGCUGGAACGACGGGCUUGCAUUCUGCGCCUUGCUAGACAUCCACCGGCCCGACUUGAUUGAUUACGACUCUCUCGACAAAAACGACCAUAAAGGCAAUAUGCAACUUGCCUUUGACCUCGCAUCCAAAGAAAUUGGGAUCCCGGCUCUACUAGAUGUCGAAGAUGUGUGUGACGUGGCGAAACCAGACGAGAGGAGUUUGAUGACCUACAUAGCGUAUUGGUUCCAUGCCUUUUCACAGAUGGAGAAGGUGGAAAACGCAGGUCGUAGAGUUGAGAAGUUUGUCAACAAUAUGCAGGGUGCAUGGGAAAUGCAAAGCGGUUACGAGAGGAGGGUUCGACAACUACUCCAAAACAUCAAGGAGCAAGACGAAAGAUGGCAAGCGGCCACCUUCGAGGGAACUUAUACCGACGCUAAAAUGCAAGCGGCAGAGUUCAGCGGAUACAAAAGGGGGAAGAAGCGAGAGUGGGUGGCCGAGAAGAGCGACCUCGCGGCUCUGUUAGGCAACAUCAAAACCAAGAUGAGUACCUACCGACUGAGAGCUUAUGAGCCGCCUCCAGACUUGAGAUUAAGCGUACUGGACAAUGAAUGGGCACUUUUGAUGAGGGCUGAAAUGGCUAGGGGGCAGUUGAUAAAUGAGACCAUUAGAGAUAUCAAGAAUGCCUUGAGAAAGUCUUUCGCUGACAAGGCCAACGAUUUCGCCCUAGCAUUAAACACAAUGCAGCUAGCUAUUUCCGGGCUAGAGGGCGAUGUGGAGGACCAAUUGACUCACGUGCGACGACUGAGUGAUAAUUUAUCACCGCUUAAUCAAUAUCUGGAGAAAAUAGCCGAGGUUGACCAAAAAUGUGAAGAGGCAAACAUAGAGGAGAACGACUUCACUACAUAUACUUAUGAUGAAUUAUCGUAUGAACUCGGCCUUGUCAAAAACUCCGUACUGAAAAAGCUCGCAUUCCUUGACAAUCAAGUCGUGGCGCGAAAUAUGACGAACCUGACGCCAAUCCAGUUGGAAGAGUUCGAGAGUGUGUUCAGACAUUUUGAUAGGGAUGCCACCAACAGUCUUCAGGAGCUGGAAUUUAGUGCUGCGUUGGCGUCACUUGGACUUGUAUUCAGUGAGGAUGAAAUGCACGAAUCCUUCUUCGAAACUUCGCAUGGCAGGGACCACGUAACAUUUGAACAGUUCAUUCGUUUCAUGGUGGACGUCACAGAGGACCAAAACACCGCAGAGCAAGUUUUUCAAAGCUUCCGCGAAGUCGCCGAUGGGAAACCUUAUGUCACCGAGAUGGAUCUUCGGCACAGUUUAGUACCCGACGAUGUCAUCGAGAAGCUGACCUCAAUAAUACCGCCACAUAACGGUCCCGAUCUUCAGGAAGAUAGGGGCAUGCCACAGUACGACUACAUUAGCUUUAUGGACAAAUUGGUCUCGGUUUCCAAUGAUACGCAAGAUCCCUCACCUGCCUUGACAGAUGUCUCAAACGGCCGGGGAUUACAGCGUACCGAGUCGCCCACCAAAAUGAAUGGCUAUCAUUAA